AUGACGGCCUCGUUACUUGCAAUUAGUCUCUACGGCCUCGCAGCCUUGUCCAGUGUCUCAGCCGCUGCUAACAUACGCUACUGCUCCGUGUUUGAGAGAGCCAGUUCUACCGUCAAGUGUCGCUCACUGCCAAAUAAUUUCCUUCAAGUACGAGACGCUGCUGCUUCUGCUUCCGCCACGGCGUCUGCAUCUUCGGGCUCAACACCGGACAUAACCAUUUUGCAAAACACCUUCAAGGCCCUCGCCGACUUGCAAAAUGACUACUUCAAGCAGAGUAGAAAUACUUGGCCCGACGCCAUUGACUGGACUGCUGCCGUCAUCCAGACCAUUGUUUCGGGCACCAUGUCGACUCUAACCCAGUCUCUAGAUGCUGCCGUACCAGGGCAAAACUGGAAGCAAAAGGAAAAUCUUCUUUCCUUCCUGCAUGAGCAGAUCGUCAGCUCCUAUUUUGGCCAAGAGGCAGACCGGAUUCUCACCGAGGCAUACGAUGAUGUACUCUGGGUUGUCCUUGGCUGGAUCGAGGCCAUCAAGUUCCGCCGUCUCCACCAAGACUUGCACUAUCCUGACGGGGGAUUCAACGACAAGUCUAUCCCAGAGGACAUUACCCAAGCUGUACAAACUAUGACCUGGCACGGCCAGUUCUGGGUCGAUAGUUUUGCAAGUCGCGCCAAUGACUUUUGGGCCUUUUCAACCCAGGGCUGGGACACUGCGCUUUGUAACGGUGGCAUGACCUGGAAUCCGCGCCUGGAAACAUACAAAAAUGCUAUUACCAAUGAGCUGUACAUUGCUGGCUCCAUUGCCAUGUACCAGCACUUUCCAGGCGAUCGCCUUAAUGGCACUGGCUCGCGUGAUCUCCGCCAUCUUCGGGCAGCGAAAGACGGUUACAAAUGGUUGACGAAUGUCAAUAUGACGAAUAGUCAGGGUCUAUUCGUUGACGGCUUCCACAUCAACCACAACAUCCCUGGUAACACAAAGUGCGACCAGCGCGAUGAAAUGGUCUAUACGUAUAACCAAGGCGUCAUCUUGACAGGAAACCGGGGUCUUUUCAGUGUAACCGGCGACCCGUCGUACGUCGAGGACGGUCACAACUUGGUCAAGUCUGUCAUUGCUGCGACAGGCUGGGACCUUCAGCGCGGAAAGCCCGUUGACAGCCUGAGUGCUGGGCAACUUCCCCCAUGGCGUGGACUUGGCCGGUACGGAUUUCUGGAGGACCAGUGCGAUGCCUCUGCUACAUGCUCCCAAGAUUCGCAGACGUUCAAGGGCAUCUACUUUCACCAUCUGACGGCCUUUUGCAGACCCCUUGAGGUGACCCAUGGUGACACCAAGAUCAACGAACAAGCCUUUAUGCAAGUGCGACAGUCGCACGCCGCGUCAUGCCGCACCUACAUUAGCUGGAUCAAGCACAAUGCCGAUGCGGCACUUAAGACACGAGACAGCAACGGACACUUUGGCAUGUGGUGGGGAGCCAUCGUGUUCAACGUCAACGCGGUGCGUUGCGCGGACGGCAUUGAUCACUUUGCCGCCAACAAGACAGAUUACCGCAAUGAAGGCACUCCGCGUAACGCUCUAUGGGGCGUACAGGAUGUCUUUGUACCUGGUGGCGGUAAUGCGACGGCGAAUAGUGGUGCGCAGUUGUACUCGGCGGGCUCUGGUGACCCCAACAGUCGCGGCCGCGGUCGUACAGUCGAGACCCAGGCUGGCGCUGAGAUGAAUAAGCUCCGAGCUGAUAAGAAGAAGGGUUUGGUCUACGGUUUAUUAUGUUCUUCCUACUGGGUCAUCUCCUAUUUGCUAUUUCUUUCGCGGUACAUAGAGGCCAGCAAUGAGUUCGACCACCGUGGCGAAUUUUAUGAGCUGGCUUUUCUCGGAGCCAUGCUGUACAUCUCGGCAUCGCGAGCCACCGCUCUGAGAGAGGGCAUCCUUUGGGUGCCACCGUCGUCUCGCAUCUCAAACGGCCUGUGGGAAGUGACCUCCUCGCUGACGCGGGAGACGCACCAGCAAAGUGUCUCUCGCGGCAUUGCCUGGUUUCUGCUCAGCGUCUUGGUACUCUACGCACGCAUCAGCCUCCGCUUCGCCGAGUUCCUUCCUUCGUUGGGGGCCGCGAUGCUCCUAAGCAUCCUGCCACAGCUCCUGCCACACCGAGUGUACGCGCAAUGUCCCAUCACCGGUGUUUUCAUCUGCAUGCUGUACUUGCGUCUGUGUGAGAGGGCGGCCAUACAGUACGGACUAGUCAACGGCAACAUCGAACCUACAUGGAUCUAUUUUUUUGUCGCCAUGCCCGCUUUCUAUUGUCUGUUCCUAUCGAUCUGGGCUAUGCUGUGGAGGGCGCGAGACUCGCCGUCGACAAACGACACCAGGGUACGGGAGGAAAACAACCCGGUACAUCGCGCAAUCGACAACCUGGUGUGGGAAAUAGAGAGCCUGGUGUGGGAAAUAGAGAGCCUGGUGUGGGAAAUAGAGAGCCUGGUGUUGGAACCAGAGAGCCCGGGGUUGGUAAUAGAGGUAAUAGAGAGCCUGGGGCUCUACCUGGUGAAAGAAACCCUGAGCAGACUGGAGUAUAUGAUGGCGGUGGUAGUUGACGCUGUCUUCGGAUUUUGCUGUCGGGUGGUCACUCUCGCGUGGUACUAA